AUGUCGACAACAACAACUAUUGAACCAAAGAAAGAAUCAUUGGGUAUAUCAGCUGCUCUCAUUCUCAGUCUUGUUGGAUUGACACUUCUUCUUGUCAUUGCUAUCCUGAUCAAACGAGAAAUUCGUCGAGGAAAUGUUAAAUCUAAACGUGAUGGACAUUUUUGGUCAUGUAAAUUUUUUCGACGAGUAAAUUUUA